AUGGACUUAUUGGGCGACAUUGUUGAAAAAGAAGUCACAGAACCCGUCAAACUCGAAGCUGCUCCCAGUACCGGCUUUCCUGCGCUCUACGAACCCGAAAAAGUCUCGUCAUGGAAGGUGCGACUGCAACAGAAAAGGAAACAGCGUGCUAGGAGCUCUGAGAGCAACCCACAACGCGAUAGCAUCACUCAGGCUACCUUAAGUAGCCAGGAUGUACCACAUCAACCAUCGCAACCAUUGUCCGAGGCCCAACGCAUUCAUGAAGAGAACCUUGACCGGAUAAAGAACAUGUCUCCAGAGCAGGUGGAACAAGAAAGACGGGAACUACUAGAGUCACUUGAUCCAAGCGUUCUCCGAGGUCUAUUGAAGCGGAUCGACAAGAGAGAGCAGGCGACUUCUCUCGAAGAAUCUUUGAAACCUUCCAAGGCUCCUCUUUUUGCCGAAGUUGAAGGCGCGCCCGGUACGUGGGUCGGAGGAUCACGCGAGUUCCCGAAUAUGCCACAUUUGGACGAUGAGGCAGUAAACAAAGCUUUGGGUAUCUCGGACGCCCCAAAGAAACAUGUAACCUUUGAGGAACCUCACAUAGAACAAGUCUUCAAGGAAGAGCUUUACGAAGGGAGGCCUGCUGUCACAGACGAAGACGAUAUUGCCCCCCAAGAGUAUCAGUUUAUUCAGCGGAUGGACCAUAUGACCAAUCAAGAAAUUUUACAGGACGUUCACUUCAUUCAACAGGAACAAGAUGUGGAAGAAGAACUGGGGGCCCUGGAUAUCAAUGAUCCCAACUUCAACGAUAAACUGCACCAGAAAUAUUUCCCACAGUUGGCUAAAGAAGAAGAUAAAUUGGCAUGGAUGAAAAACGUGCCUGACAAGAAAUGGAGUGGAGAAAUACAGGACGUAGGUGAGUGCAGAUUUGACUUCAAGGGAAACUUGGUCCCGCCAACAAGAAGCAUCUCAACGACACGAGAUGGACUACACCACCAUUCUGAAAAUCCUGAACUGGCUGGUUAUACCAUUGCUGAAUUACAGCUUUUGUCUAGAUCCAAAUUCCCUGCUCAGCGGUGUAUCGCUAUUCAAACGCUCGGCAGGAUACUUUACAAGCUGGGUAAACAAUCCUACUACGAAAUAGUUCCAGAAGUAUAUGCCGAAACAUACAAAGAAGAGGGAGGCACAACGGAGAUUGUUAAUAAGAUCUACGCAAUGUUUUGGGAUCUUUGCACCACUCUCAGAAUCACAGAUUCACUUCUUGAAGCGGCUGACGAAUCUAAGACCAAGAAUAUUUCGGUACGAAACUACGCCAUUGACGCACUGUGGUUGUGGAGACAAGGAGGGGGCGAUUUCAGACAAUCUACGGGUUAA